CCGACGUCGCGUCUUCGAGUGCGUCUGGACGCUCUGGAGCCAUGCGUGAGCGAGGCUAGUACGCAUGCGCGGCACCGGACGUCCGCUGAGGCGUCUCUCAACCGCUUGGCGUCCAGUUAGCGUUGCGUCCGGCCAACCAACCGAGUGUCACGGUCACCUUUCAAGUUAGUUACGCGAAUAUUGGUUCGCACUCUUUCCCUAGUUUCUGGCUACUUGGAAAUUUACUUGAGUUUGCAACCUUCCUCCUUCAAUAUGCUUCUCCUGGAGUGGACCAAUUUCCGUACUUUCUUCAAGCUUCCAGUCAUCUGAUCUCAAUCAACUAUUGACUCUGCACCAAACAAAGUUUAAGUAUUAGAUUCUUAUUGUCUAAACUUCGUAUUUAUCGAAUGAACAAACAAAUUCACGAAUCAACCAUCAACAUGUCACACAACGCUAGCUCCAUUUUAUACAAUUCCAUUCCUAUGAAGAGCAAAGUAGAAGAGUGCUUAUUAUUCUGAUUCUAUUUUUAUUAUUGAGAGUGUGUUUCACAAAAAACUUUCACCAUGGAUAAAAUGGUUUCAACGCUUUCUCUGGCCAUUGAUAGGGAUAAGGCCAGGGAGGAGGCCAGAAAAGACAAAAUGGACAAUUUGAAGAGGGAAAUUGAGAUCAUGGAUCAUACCAUUCCUCUUCCAGAAUUCUAUCAAAAAUAUCAAACAAGCCCUGAUAAGGGACUAAGUAGUUCACAAGCGAAACAAAUAUUACUGCGCGAUGGUCCCAAUGCGCUCACUCCUGAAAAGCAAACUCCAACGUGGGUCCUUCUCUGCAAACACAUGUUCCAAGGCUUCUCCAUACUGCUGUGGAUUGGUGCAUUUCUAUGUUUCUUCGCCUAUUUCAUCCAAUACAGUGCAGUGGGCGCUGAGGACGCUCCGGCCGAUAACUUGUGGUUAGGUAUUGUUUUAGCUGUAGUAGUAAUCCUUACAGGACUAUUUUCUUAUUAUCAGGAGGCAAAAAGCUCGAAAAUUAUGGACUCUUUCAAAACUAUGGUACCCCAGUAUGCGAAUGUGAUAAGGGACGGUCAAACUAAGACAAUACUUUCUCAGGAACUGGUGAGGGGCGACGUAGUGCUUGUGAAAUUUGGAGAUCGUAUUCCAGCUGAUAUCAGAAUCAUCGACAGUCAGGGCCUGAAAGUAGACAACUCAUCCUUGACUGGUGAAUCUGAACCACAGAUAAGAACAACUGAAUGCACAAACGAAAUUGCUCUAGAAACAAGAAACUUGGCAUUCUUCUCAACCAACGCUGUUGAAGGUACUGCUAGAGGUGUUGUGAUCCUCACAGGAGACCUGACAGUCAUGGGUAGAAUAGCAGGUCUCACAUCAGGACUGAAACAGGGAGAAACACCAAUCGCCAAAGAAAUUCACAACUUUAUGCAUAUAAUCUCAGCAUGGGCCAUCUUCCUAGGAGUUUCUUUCUUCAUAAUAGCAUUUAUUCUUGGCUAUCACUGGUUAGAUGCUGUGAUAUUCUUGAUAGGUAUAAUUGUAGCCAAUGUUCCAGAAGGUCUCCUAGCUACUGUUACUGUCUGUUUAUCAUUAACUGCCAAACGAAUGGCUUCUAAAAACUGUGUAGUGAAACAUCUGGAAGCUGUAGAAACGCUUGGAUCAACAUCAACAAUUUGCUCUGAUAAAACAGGAACUUUGACACAAAAUCGUAUGACUGUUACUCAUCUUAGUUACAAUCUGGGUGUGACAGAGGUUGAUUACUUCAAGGAUCCAUCAGGCGUCGUUGACAGGGCAAGUGAGGGCUACAGGUUACUUUAUAGAGCUGGAUGUUUGUGCAAUAGAGCUGAAUUUCUACAAGGACAAGAAAAUGUAGCAGUUUUGAAGAAGGAAGUUAUGGGUGAUGCUUCAGAGGCAGCUAUCCUGAAAUUUUGUCAACUCGCUGAAGGUGAUGUGAUGGCUUAUCGACAAAAAAACAGAAAAGUUUGUGAGAUUCCUUUCAAUUCCACUGAUAAGUUUCAGAUGUCCAUCCACGUCUUGCCCAACACUGGUAAACAUUUGUUGGUUAUGAAAGGUGCUCCAGAAAGAAUACUGGAAAGGUGUGCUACAAUCAAAUUAGAUGGACAAGAAGUGGCAUUGAAUGAAAAAAUGAGACAAGAAAUUGAGUUGAUUUUGGAGCAAUUGGGGAAUUAUGGUGAAAGAGUAUUAGGAUUCUGUGAGCUUCAACUAGGUGGUGACUAUCCAUUAGGCUACAAGUUUGUGACAGAGAAGCCCAAUUUUCCAAUGACAAACCUUUGUUUUCUAGGUUUGAUGUCUAUGAUUGAUCCUCCAAGACCUGCAGUCCCAGAUGCAGUAGCUAAGUGCCGCACAGCAGGAAUUAGAGUUAUAAUGGUAACAGGAGAUCACCCAGUCACUGCCAAAGCUAUCGCUAAAUCUGUGGGUAUCAUUUCAGAAGGAUCAGAGACCUUAGAAGAUAUUGCCAAACGGAGGAUGGUUCCAGUCUCUUCCUUGGAUCCACGAGAGUCGACAACAAUAGUGAUCCAAGGUUCAAAAUUACGUGAUAUGAAUAGUGAUGAGUUGGAGAAUAUUUUAAGAACUCAUAAGGAAAUCGUGUUUGCCAGAACUUCUCCUACCCAGAAAUUGAACAUUGUAGAGGGUUGUCAAAAACUAGGUGCGAUUGUAGCUGUCACUGGAGAUGGAGUAAAUGAUUCACCAGCAUUGAAAAAGGCUGACAUAGGAAUUGCUAUGGGUAUCACAGGUUCAGAUGUUUCGAAACAAACAGCUGACAUGAUACUGCUCGAUGACAACUUCGCUUCCAUUGUGACAGGAGUAGAGGAGGGCAGGUUGAUUUUUGACAACUUGAAAAAAUCAAUAGCUUACACUUUGGCAUCCAAUGUUCCUGAGAUAACACCUUUCUUGAUGUUUAUUGUUAGUGGUAUACCUCUACCACUGGGAGUGGUUGCAAUUCUGUGCAUAGAUUUGGGAACUGAUAUGUGGCCGGCUAUAUCUCUCGCGUAUGAGAAACCCGAAUCAGAUAUCAUGACACGACAUCCAAGGAAUCCACAAACUGACAAACUUGUGACAACUAAGUUGAUAUCUGUGGCUUAUGGACAAAUUGGUGUGAUUGAAGCAGCUGCUGGAUUCUUCUCCUACUUCGUUAUAAUGGCUCAAAGUGGGUGGAGACCAUCCAGAUUGUUCGGAAUUCGAAAAGAAUGGGACUCGAACAGCAUCAAUGAUCUCGAGGACUCUUAUGGUCAAGAAUGGACAUUCACAAAUCGAAAAAUACUGGAAUACACAUGUCAUACCGCAUUCUUCAUAGCAAUAGUCGUGGUGCAAUGGGCCGAUCUGAUCAUCUGCAAAACACGCUACAACUCGAUCUUACAUCAAGGCAUGUCGAACUGGAUCCUAAACUUUGGUAUGGUGUUUGAAACUCUUUGCGCCUGCGCGGUAUCAUAUGGACCUGGAAUGCCAGAAGUAUUGAAAACCUAUCCAGUGAGACUAGAAUGGUGGCUACCUGCCGUUCCAUUUGCGAUUCUCAUAUUUUUCUAUGACGAGUUGAGAAAAUUAUGGAUGAGACAUCAUGCUGGGGGUUUUAUUGAGAGGGAAAUGUACUAUUGAACAUUGAAAAUAGUCCUCAAUCAUGCAUCCCAGAUUGUUCAAGCUUCAAAAUGAGCCUGAUAGUGAUGAAAAGCCUAGUCAUAAAUUCGGAUAGUAAUCAUUGAAUCUCAAUCACCAAAAACUAUUGACUUUUCAAGCAGUAGCUAUCAGAAAUAAUCAGUGCAAUUAUGAAUGGAGUAGGCCUUAUAGAUUUUAGAAUAUUGUGAAUAAUCCAAAGAGAUUUUGAUCCCCAAUAAAUAAGUUCAAGGAACUAAUUAUUUGUUCACAUAUGUAAAGAAGAGAUUCUGAAUCCAUGGACAAUGAGAAAUGAGAAUUCAUUGAACAAUUCUUGUGCAUUAAUAAUGUUGAAAAUAAAUUCUUGUAGAUUAUUCAUUCAAAAACUUUGAGUCUGUGUUCAGGAAAUAACUAAUCGAUAGGAAGAUCAUAAAUGAAUGUCAAAUUGUUGUUGUUAUUUGAAUAGUGGAGAUUAUUGAAUGAAUCUAGCUCAUGAAGUGUCAUUUGCUUAAAAAGUGGUUCAGCAAUUCAAUGUAGAUACAAAUGAUGCGAUAUUUUAAAUCAUGUGAAAAGGUAUUUUAGAAUAAAGUUGUUAAUUGUUGGA